UUCCUCUUUCAUCAAAAUAAAAGCGACGUUGUGGCAGCUUGCCGUGCACCUGCAUAUAAGUCGAACAAUUUCAUAAUUUGAGUUUAGUUUGCAAACGUAUAUACGAAUAUAGGCAAAAUGUCUAUUAAGCUAAAGGCAAACGUUAACAAUCCACCCAUAAGCGGUUUGGCAACGGCGCAUUUGAUCAACUCAUCGGUGCCCGUGGAAAUUGUUUGGAGCAAGGAAACCUCGUUGCAGUUCCCGGACAACCGUCUCCUGGUUUGCCACUCGAACAACGAUGUGCUGCGCGCGCUGGCGCGUGCUUCGCCCGAUCAUAAGCUGUAUGGCGAGACGGCGAUUGAGCGCACACAGAUCGAUCACUGGCUGUCGUUCUCACUCACCUGCGAGGAUGACAUAUCGUGGGCCAUGUCCUUCCUGGACAAGUCCAUUGCGCCCGUUACGUAUUUGGUUGCCAAUAAGCUGACCAUUGCCGACUUUGCGCUGUUCAAUGAAAUGCACUCGCGCUACGAGUUCCUCUCCGCCAAGGGCAUACCACAGCACGUGCAGCGCUGGUAUGAUCUGAUCAGUGCCCAGCCCCUGAUACAGAAGGUAUUGCAGUCCCUGCCGGAGGAGGCGCGCGUCAAGCGUAGCACCAAUGAGCCCGCGGCAAAGAGCGGCGAGCGCAAGCAGGAGGGCAAAUUCGUAGAGCUGCCCGGCGCUGAGAUGGGCAAAGUUGUGGUGCGCUUCCCGCCGGAGGCUUCCGGCUAUUUGCACAUUGGACACGCGAAGGCGGCGCUGCUCAAUCAAUACUACGCCCUGGCCUUCCAGGGCAAACUGAUAAUGCGUUUUGACGACACCAAUCCUGCCAAAGAAACAGUAGAAUUCGAAAAUGUCAUACUCGGGGAUCUGGAGCUGUUGCAAAUCAAGCCGGACGUCUUCACGCACACCUCCAACUACUUUGAUCUCAUGCUUGAAUACUGCGUACAAAUGUUGAAGGAGGGCAAGGCCUACGUGGACGAUACGCCGCCCGAGCAAAUGAAGCUGGAACGCGAACAGCGCGUCGAGUCCGCGAAUCGUUCCAACACUGUUGAAAAGAAUCUGUCGCUGUGGCAGCAGAUGCUGCAGGGCACUGAGGCUGGCCAAAAGUGCUGUGUGCGCGCCAAGAUUGACAUGUCCUCGCCCAACGGCUGCAUGCGUGAUCCGACCAUAUAUCGCUGCAAGAACGAGCCACAUCCGCGCACAGGCACCAAAUACAAGGUCUAUCCUACUUAUGACUUUGCCUGCCCCAUUGUGGAUGCCAUUGAGAAUGUGACGCACACGUUGCGCACCAUGGAGUACCACGACCGGGAUGAUCAGUUCUAUUGGUUUAUCGAUGCACUGAAACUGCGCAAGCCUUACAUCUGGGAAUACAGUCGGCUUAAUAUGACGAAUACGGUGCUGUCAAAACGGAAACUCACGUGGUUUGUGGAAUCGGGCCUGGUGGAUGGCUGGGACGAUCCACGUUUUCCCACGGUGCGCGGCAUCAUACGACGUGGCAUGACGGUCGAGGGACUCAAGGAGUUCAUCAUUGCCCAGGGAAGCAGCAAAUCGGUGGUCUUUAUGAACUGGGAUAAGAUCUGGGCGUUCAACAAGAAGGUCAUUGAUCCCAUUGCGCCGCGUUACACGGCACUCGAGCACGACAAGCGUAUCAUUGUGAACGUGGCAGGUGCCAAGUUGGAGAAGGUGCAGGUGCCUGUGCAUCCCAAGGACGAGAAACUUGGCACAAAGACGGUCACAUUGGGUCCGCGCAUUUACAUAGACUAUGCGGACGCUGAGGCGCUCAAAGAGGGCGAGAACGCGACCUUCAUCAACUGGGGCAAUUUGCUCAUCAAGAAGGUGCACAAGGAUGCCGCCGGCGCCAUCACCUCGGUGGAUGCAGCGCUCAAUUUGGACAACAAGGACUUUAAGAAGACCUUGAAACUCACCUGGCUCGCUGUAGAGGACGAUGCCAGCGCCUAUCCGCCCACGUUUUGCGUCUACUUUGAUAACAUCAUCAGCAAAGCGGUCCUGGGCAAGGACGAGGACUUCAAGCAGUACAUUGGCCACAAGACGCGCGACGAAGUCCAGAUGCUCGGCGAUCCCGAGCUCAAGAAAUGCAAAAAGGGCGACAUCAUUCAGCUGCAACGUCGCGGCUUCUUCAAGGUGGACAACGCAUAUGCCCCGCCCAGUCCCUACACAAAUGUCGCCUCGCCCAUCAUACUCUUCUCCAUACCCGAUGGCCACACAAAGGACAUGCCCUCCUCGGGUCUAAAGAUCAACGCUGCUCCGACGCCGGCUGCCAAAACAAACGCUGCCAGCAAUAAGAUCACGAAUAACACGGCCGAAUUGGACAAACAGAUUGGCCAGCAGGGCCAACCACCACCUGCCACCACUCCAGCCUCCACAGACGUUGCCACUGUGCUGGCCCAAAUAGCUGCCCAGGGCGACAAGGUGCGCGAUCUGAAGGCAGCCAAGGCGGACAAGACCGCAAUCGAUGCCGCCGUCAAGACGCUGCUGAGCUUAAAGGCCGACUACAAGCAGCUCAGCGGCAGCGACUGGAAGCCGGGCACCACAGCGCCUGCCGUCAUCAAGGUUAAGCAGGAAAAGUCACCGGAACCCGUUGCGGCCAGUGCCGUGGCCACAUUGCUGGACAAGAUCGCGCAGCAGGGCGACAAGAUCCGGCAGCUGAAGUCGGCGAAGUCGGAAAAGUCGCUGAUCGACGCCGAGGUAAAGUUGCUCUUGGCUCUGAAGACGGACUACAAAAGUCUGACUGGUCAGGAGUGGAAGCCAGGCACCGUAGCGCCCACAGCUGCAGCAGCUGCACCAGUUGCGACCAUUGACCUGACUGCUGACGAGUCCAGCGUUGGCGGUGGCGACAUUGCCAGCAUCUUGGCCAAGAUUCAAGCGCAGGGCGAUAAAAUUCGUCAGCUAAAGUCGGCAAAGGCAGCCAAGGCCACAAUCGAUCCCGAGGUACAAACGCUGCUGGCUCUGAAGGCGGAUUACAAAAAGCUAACGGGCAAAGAUUGGACACCUGACGCCAAGGUAGAGGCUAAAGUGGAGAUGGCUACGUCGGAGAAGGAGCAGCUGACGCUGGACAUUAAUGCGCAGGGCGAAAAGGUGCGCACUGCCAAGGGCAGCAAUGCUGCCAAGGAUGUCAUCGAUGAGGAGGUGCGCAAGCUAUUGGCGCUUAAGGCCAAGUACAAGGAGGUCACGGGUACCGAUUUUCCCGUUGCUGGUCGAGCUGGAGGCGCCGCCAAGAAGGCGCCCAAGGAGCCACAGCAGAAGGCCCCUAAGCCAGCCAAGAAAGAAGCAGCAGCUGCUGUUGCUGCCAAACCAGAUGCCGCCGCUGGCGUGAAAAAACAAACCCGUUUGGGUCUGGAGGCGACGAAAGAGGACAAUCUGCCGGAUUGGUACUCGCAAGUGAUAACCAAGGGUGAACUGAUUGAAUACUACGAUGUGUCCGGCUGCUAUAUACUGCGCCAUUGGUCCUUUGCCAUUUGGAAGUGCAUCAGGAACUGGUUCGAUGCGGAGAUCACGCGUAUGGGCGUCAAGGAGUGCUACUUCCCCAUCUUUGUAUCAAAGGCGGCGCUGGAGCGUGAGAAGACCCACAUAGCGGACUUUGCCCCGGAAGUUGCCUGGGUUACCAAGUCGGGUGAUUCCGACUUGGCCGAGCCAAUUGCUGUGCGUCCCACCUCGGAAACUGUUAUGUACCCCGCCUAUGCCAAGUGGAUACAAUCCUACAGAGAUUUGCCCAUCCGCCUCAAUCAGUGGAACAAUGUUGUGCGCUGGGAAUUCAAGCAUCCGCAACCUUUCCUGCGCACACGCGAGUUCCUCUGGCAGGAGGGCCACACGGCGUUCGCCAGUAAGGCCGAGGCCGACAAGGAAGUUCUAGAGAUUUUAGAUUUAUACGCGCAAGUCUAUACGGAUCUGCUGGCCAUACCUGUCGUGAAGGGCCGCAAAACCGAAAAGGAGAAGUUCGCCGGCGGUGACUAUACCACGACAGUGGAGGCAUUCAUUUCUGCCUCGGGCCGUGCCAUCCAGGGUGCGACCAGUCAUCACUUGGGCCAAAACUUCUCCAAGAUGUUCGAGAUUGUGUACGAGGAUCCGGAGACGCAGCAGAAGCAGUAUGUCUACCAGAACUCGUGGGGUAUUACAACGCGCACGAUUGGCGUCAUGAUCAUGGUGCAUGCGGACAAUCAGGGCCUGGUGCUGCCGCCGCAUGUGGCCUGUGUGCAGGCUAUUGUCGUGCCCUGCGGCAUUACGGUGAACACCAAGGACGAGGAGCGCGCCCAGCUGCUGGCGGCUUGUGACAAGCUGGAGAAGCGUCUGAAUGGCGCCGGCGUGCGCUGCGAGGGCGAUUACCGUGACAAUUACUCGCCCGGCUGGAAGUUCAAUCACUGGGAGCUCAAGGGUGUGCCCAUACGCAUCGAGCUGGGCCCCAAGGAUAUGCAGGCCAAGCAGAUUGUCGCUGUGCGCCGUGACACCGGCGAAAAGCUGACCAUUGCCCUGGCCGAUGUGGAAAAGAAGAUUCCCGCUCUGCUCGAAACCAUACACGAGAGCAUGCUAGCCAAGGCGCAGCUGGAUCUGGUGUCGCACACGAAGAUUGUCAGCAGCUGGACCGAUUUCUGCAAUCAGCUGGAAAACAAGAAUAUGCUGCUCGCCGCCUUCUGCGGCGACACGGCCUGCGAGGACAAAAUCAAAGCGGACAGUGCACGCGGCGAGGAGGCCGAACCCGGCGCACCGGCCAUGGGCGCCAAGACGCUGUGCAUACCCUUCGACCAGCCCGCGAAGAUUGUCGACAGCGACAAGUGCAUCAAUCCCGCCUGCACAAACAAGCCCAAGUUCUACACGCUGUUCGGACGCAGCUACUAAACGAUUCCCCGCAUUGAAUAUAACCAUCACGACUCUAAUUUUCAAAAAUAGUUUUAGCUGUUAAAACUUUUAAUCUACUUGCAUGAAUUUUGAUUCGAUAAAAAUGCUCUAAUUUAAUUCGUUGCGAA